GGGCGCCAGGGGACCGAGGAGGCCGCAGACCAAAGCCAGUGAUUGAGUGGCCCAGAGCAGAGGCGCAGGGAGCUGGCCGGCGCUUGGAUCCAGUCGAGCAGUGCGGACUGGCCCGCCCACAACUCUCAUUCUUCUCUCCGCUUCCCGGCCCCGCCAGCCCUCAGCUUACGUCUCCGCCUGCCCGGCGUCAGCCCCGCCCUUCCUCUCCUAGUGGGUGCUCGGAGGCCCCUACUGGGCCUCCCCACUCCGAGCCGCGAACUGUCGGGUCCCUCGGCUUCUCCAGCACUGCUGGACUUAAGUGCGCUAAGGAAGCGCAUGGCGGCGGUGGGGCCGCGGACUGGCCCCGGCUCCGGGGCCGAGGCGCUGGCACUGGCGGCAGAGCUACAGGGCGAGGCCACAUGCUCUAUCUGCCUGGAGCUCUUCCGCGAGCCCGUAUCCGUCGAGUGCGGUCAUAGCUUCUGCCGCUCCUGUAUCGCGCGCUGUUGGGAGCGCCCCGGCACAGGAACGACCACAGUGCCGCGCGCGCUGCCUUGUCCGCUGCCCUGCCCACAGUGUAGAGAGCCCGUGCGUCCCGGCCAGCUGCGGCCCAACAGGCAGCUGGCCUCAGUGGCCACGCUGUUGCGGCGCUUCAGCCUGCCUGCGGCCGCGCCAGGAGAACACCGGCCCCCGGAGGCGGCGGUGGCCGGGUGCGUACAGCAUGGUGAACCGCUCAAGCUCUACUGCCAGGACGACGGACGCGCCAUUUGCGUGGUGUGCGACCGCGCCCGCGAACACCGAGCGCACGCAGUGUUGCCGCUAGACGAGGCUGUGCAGGAAGCUAAGGAGCUCCUGGAGUCUAGGCUGAAGGUCUUGAGGAAGGAUCUGGAAGACUAUGAGGUGUUUCGUUCCACGGAAGAGAAGGAGAGCAAGGAGCUCCUGAAGCAGAUGGCAGCUGAGCGAGAGAAGGUGGGUGCAGAGUUCCAGGCUCUGCGGGCCUUCCUGGUGGAGCAGGAGGGCCGGCUCCUGGGCCGCCUGGAGGAGCUGUCACGGGAGGUGACACAGAAGCAAAAUGAGAACAUAGCUCAGCUUGAGGGUGAAAUCACCCAGCUCUCCAAGCUCAGCAGCCAGAUCCAGGAGACAUCUCGAAAGCCUGACCUUGACUUUCUCCAGGAAUUCAAAAACACACUAAGCAGAUGCAGCAAUGUGCCUGGUCCCAAGCCAACCACAGUCUCUUCUGAGAUGAAGAAUAAAGUCUGGAAUGUUUCCCUCAAGACCUUUGUCUUAAAGGGGCUGCUCAAGAAGUUCAAAGAGGAUCUUCGUGGAGAGCUAGAGAAAGAGGAGAAAGUGGAGCUGACCUUGGACCCCGACACUGCCAACCCCCGCCUCAUCCUCUCUCUGGAUCUUAAGAGUGUGCGCCUUGGACAGCGGGCUCAGGACUUGCCCUGCCACCCACGCCGCUUUGACACCAACACGCGAGUCUUGGCGUCCUGUGGUUUCUCCUCCGGGCGGCACCACUGGGAGGUGGAAGUGGGCUCCAAGGACGGCUGGGCCUUCGGCGUGGCGCGAGAGAGCGUGCGCCGCAAGGGCCUCACGCCCUUCACCCCUGAGGAGGGCGUCUGGGCACUGCAGCUCAACAGCGGGAAGUACUGGGCAGUGACAAGCCCUGAACGGACGCCCCUCAGCUGUGGCCACCUGUCCCGCGUGCGGGUGGCCCUGGAUCUAGAGGUGGGGGCCGUGUCCUUCUACGCUGUGGAGGACAUGCGCCACCUCUACACCUUCCGCGUCAACUUCCACGAGCGAGUGUUCCCCCUUUUCUCUGUCUGCUCCACCGGCACCUACUUGCGAAUCUGGCCUUGAGAGUCUUUGGCCUCCCAGAGAGGGUGAAUCAGUCCAGGGUGAAUACCUCCUCAUCCGGGCUGCCCAUGGGAAGUAAUGCUGCCCUCUGUCGGAGCCUCCUGGUUACUGUGGGCCUGCCUUCCAGAUUGGCCCCGGGCUGCCUUGGAGGGGCUCCUGCAGAUCACAACAUUGGAGACAGAAAACGGGCGAUUGUGGAAAAGGGUUCCGUGGUCAACUGAGUAGAAGAGAAGAUGCCUUGGACCCUUGGCGCCUGUCCUCUGCCUGUUGUCGACAUGUGGAUUUAGCCUGAGCUGUGAGGACUUGGAGGUGGGUGAGGACAGGAGCCCAGCUAUUGACAGAGGUGUUUCCCAUCAUUGGGACUUUCUACCUGGACUUAGCAGGGCCUCUGGUUCUGGAGCAAUAGCAAGUACAGUGCUGUCCUCAGGUGCAAGGGGGCAGGUUCAGGCCCAGCCAGCCAAGUUCAUGACCACUUCUGCUUUGCCUUCUUGUCAGCUUCUAGCUCUGCCUUCAGACGCCUGGAUCCACCUGGCCUGAGGUCAUUUACUCAGGGAGGAGCACUGUAAUCCCAGGUCAGAGAGCAGCUUGGGACAGAACUGAAAGGAGAUUCUUGACCUGUACAUGAGAGGAAAGCCCAGGACAAUAGCAUUUAUCAUGGCUACCUUCCAAUACCCCUUAAUGAUGAUACAGAGUGAUAUGUACAUCCUCUGCCACAGUGACAGCCAUGUGUUCUCACACAUGCCUAAACCCCUUUUAAACGCCAAAGUAUAGUCUCCCUUGAGUAAGGAGACCAAAGGCUAUGGGAUUUUGAAACACAAAACAACACUUAUAAUUUUACAGAUGCAACUAAUAUCAGCAUGGGAAUGCACAGAGCACAAACAUGCCCCUGAUAUACCCUUCCUGGAACUUGUCAAAUGUGUGCCAACAGCAGAGGACCCUGGUGCCAAGGUCUGCUCAGCCUGUGCCCUGGUGGGGUGUUAUUCCCUUGGCUAAUUGUUCCCAAGCUUCUGUUUGGGUGGGCUUCUGGGAGGGGGUUUUGGGCAGUUUCCUGUUUAGUGCUACCCAGGGAAGGGGGAUGAGGAGAUGGAAAUACAAACUCUGAGCUCAUUUCUA